ACUUUUACUAGCGCCGCUGGAAUGAUCGGCCGUCUCGCUUUCAUCGUCUGCUUUGUAAUGAUAUGGGCGAAAGACUUGAAGCAGGAGGUCAUCUGCAAAGGAGAAGAUCUCAACCUAGAGUGCCCUCUUCAUAGAAUUAUUAAUGUAAGUUAUGCUACCUACGGUCGUGUAGAAAACAAACGAUACUGCAACACGGAGGGAGACCGACCCUGCGAAACCGAUCUUACAGAAAAAUUAUAUUCAAGAGUUUUCGGAAAAAGAGAAUAUUACCUACCCAAUCCAUCUUCGAUAUUCGAUAAAAAUGGUAGACUUAGCGCUCAAUGUCGUUCAGACAGGCAAUAUUAUUUGAUCGUACAUUAUACGUGCAAACUAAUCGGCCCGAAUCCGGGAUGCAGUCGAUCUGCACGAAGACCGACCGUAUCUAAGGAGGAAAGAGAGAUCUACUCAGCAAUCGUUGAAGAUUGUGACAAUAACCCUAGCUGGACUCUGCAAUCGAAUUCUGGCUAUGUUAUCAAUUUCGAAUUGCUUCACUACAACAAUAACUACAGUCUAAUGUUUGUCCCUUCUGGAGACGAUCACUGCAAAAUUAAACUUGGCCGAAUUAAGUCAGGCAACGACGCCAUGAGUAUUUGUUUAUAUCCUAGAAAUCUACGGGGCACGUCAAACGCAAUAGAAUGGAGUACAACAAACAGUAUAGCAAAAGUUGAAUUCUUUACGCAAGUGAUACGACAGCAGGGCGCUAAUUUUAAAUUAAUCUAUAAAGAGCACGGCUGCGCUCAACCGCAAUUUUCAACCGAUUCAUCCAUUUUAUUACAUAGAAAAAACGCCUAUACUUUCGAAGUAACGUGCAAAAUGUAUGAAGCGUCUACAUUCGAAAUGCGUUGUGAAGGAGGAAGGUGGUCACCCGAAAUAAACGCUCAACGGCAAUGCGGCGUCGAAGCGUCUUCCGAUGAAAAGCUCCCGAUAGGCGUUUGGGUGGCCGUCAUAAUCGGGAUGGCGUUGGUGGUGAGUGCAAUUAUACUAGUAAUUGGCUUUGUUUUCUUGAAGAGGUAUAAGGCCCUCGUUGGACACGAGUCAAGUAGGUCAAUUAACCGACUUGUACCUUUCAGGCAAAGACGCCUUAAGGAGUUGGAGCGAAGAAAGCAGGAAGACUACAGCAGAGCUGUCUAUUCCUGGCCAAAUUCAGGGUCCGUAAAAGGAAAUGUUACAGCAUCAACAAGGCCUGAUUUAGUGUUUGAUGCCGAAGCAGACUCUCUUCUCCAUCCAGCUGAUCAUGGUAUUGGUAAUGAGAGAGAAACUGACGAAAUUUACCGGAGGAUAGCGCUAGACCCGGGGGUCUUGCUUGUAACAUCCGAUGGCUCCGAUUUACCGGAGGUGCUUAGAAUGCAGCCACUUCGUAGUGUUAGGAAAUUAUCGAAGAAGGACACAAGGGCCUACAUUUACGAAGACGAGUUUGAGAACGUCGCCAAUUCGAUGAUGGACGCCAAGAACGAUGUAGGCGUCGUUUACGCUAAAUUGCCUUCGAAUGACAGUAUUCCGGCUGCAAUAUAAGACCCUCCUUCCCCUCAAACCCUUAUUUUUUCAUUUUUUUUCCUUUUUUUAACAAUCAAAUCUCUGGAUUAUAUUAGAGGCAACAUCCGUUUACGGAUAGUUUAAAAUUUUUCUCUUAUAUCCAUCUGUCUCUUUUUUUAUACGUAAUAAACAAGUCGGGCGUUCGUCCUAUAAUAACUGGGGAAAACGCACGUUUCAACCCUGGAAGGGAAACGAGGCAGCAUAAGACUGCGUGGAAAGAAUUUAGAAAACUAAUGAUUAUAUAUUACAGUAUAUAUGAGUACUGUAAAAAUUAAUAUACAUUACAUGCAUCUUGUAUACACGGAAUACAUGAAUAUAUAUAAUAUUCUCAUACAGUAUAUAAUUUAACGGAAAUCUCGUAUGUAUAUCUAGGAUAUAUCACAAAGUGCACAUUAAGUCUAGUAUCUAUCAUAUAGUUUACAAUAUGAAAUUUAAAAACUAGAAGGAAAGAGCGAAGAGUCUAGAGAUUCUAUAAAUGUGAUAAAGAUCGACGUAC